UAUGUCACUUUCGAGCAACAAGUAUCGUAAGCUGUCAUCUUCUCUGCCUUGAUGACAGUUCUGAGAUUUUUUUCGACAUUUCGUCUGGUUGCUGGACGUAAAGCCAUAUUUUUCACAUUUAAAGUUUUACCUUGAAUUCUCGAAAGAGUGUUGGCGUGUUUUGUUAGAUUUCUAUGCAAAGCCAUUACGGAAUCGCUGCGCAUUCCCCCUUCCUGUCUCAUCUUCGCAGAUUGCACGGACGUCCCUCAGUUUUUUAUUGUGUUCCGUAAUUAAUUAGUCCUAAUUGUUUGGAUCACUUUUAUUGGACGAGGCGCAAAAUGGUGAAGCUUUAUGCAUUGUGCGUCUUCUUCAAGGGGCCGUCCGAAGGUCGUCUUCUGAAAGCCGCCUACGACUUGCAGUCAUUUUCGUUUUUCCAACGAGGCGCAGUUCAAGAGUUCAUGGGGUUCGCAUCGAAGACCAUAGUGGAGCGGACGCAGGCAGCGAGUCGGCAGUCAGUCAAGCAAGAUGCGUAUAUGUGUCAUGUCUACGUUCGCGCAGACAACUUGGGAGGCGUGCUGAUCGGGGACCACGAGUAUCCCCAGCGGGUGGCGCACACCUUGUUGACUAAGGUGCUAGACGACUUCACAGCCAAAGUGCCAGCUGAUCAGUGGUCCACGGGCACCGAGUCGAGCAUAGCCUUCACUCAGCUGCCUGCGUACCUUUCCAAGUACCAGGACCCACGCGAGGCAGACGCGCUGACCAAAAUGCAAAACGAUUUGGACGAGACUAAGAUUAUUCUGAAGAAUACGAUUGAGGCAGUGUUAGAGCGGGGCGAGAAGCUGGACGACAUGGUCAUAAAGUCGGAGAACCUCUCGAUACAGAGCAAAGCGUUCUACAAAACGGCCAAGAAGACGAAUUCGUGUUGUAGUUUUAGUUAAGGCAAUUGAGUGUGUUCGUCGUGUUUCCAGCUAUUUAACCUACCACUGUUAAGCGCUAGCUCUAUUUUAUUUCGGUCCUAUUUUCUACCAUUUCUUUGUAAUAUACACCACAGAAUUGUAUUUUAUAUAAGUUAGAAUAAUUUUUAAAUUAGUCUCCGAGGCAGGACGAGAAAUAAUGAUAUUGUUGAAUGGA